AUGAGUAUAAAUGAGGCUAGUGUUAAAAUAAAUCGUGAAAGAUCCCCUAAUAGGCUAGUCGCUAAUAAUGAAAACGAUAAUGAAUUGCUAAAGGAUCUAGUCAAGACGCGUGGCAUAUUAAAAAGCAGGCUUACUAAAUUUUCUAAUGCCGUUAGUGAUAUUACCCUCGAACAAUUAACUAAUCAAAAAUGCGCCGAUAUAAAAUUACGCAUGCAAGGUAUUACAAGCUUAUUUGCAGAAUUUAGCGAUGUUCAAACAAAAAUCGAAAAAAUUGUACGAGAUUCAGAUUUAGAUUCACAGCUGACGCAACGAGAAUUGUUUGAAGAUUGCUAUUAUCAUGCACUAGCUCAAGCUGAAUGUUUGCUCAAAUCGGUAGAGGUCACUAGUGCGUCCAGUAAGGGCAGUAAUAGGGCGUCACAGUCUAUAAAACUUCCGACCAUCUCCCUACCUGUAUAUGAUGGAACGUAUGAGCAUUGGAUCGAAUACAGAGACAUUUUUCUAUCUCUAGUACACAAUUCCGAUGAAAUUAGCGAUAUACAGAAAUUCCACUACCUAAAAUCGUCACUAAAGGGAAGCGCGGAGUUAGUUAUCGAUUCCUUAGAAUUCUCUGCUAGUAACUAUGUGGUAGCAUGGGAACUACUUCUCAACAGAUACAACAAUAGCAGUCUGUUGGUGCAUAACCACGUUAAGGCCUUAUUCACUAUUCAAAAACUUUCUAAGGAAUCACCACAUGCACUCAGAAAACUGACAGAUAUUAUUCUUAGAAAUUUACGCGCAUUAAAAAUAUUAGGUGAGCCUACUGAGUACUGGGAUACGUUAAUUAUAUUUAUUAUAACGUCUAAGUUAGAUGAAACCACCGAACGUGAAUGGGAACAAUUUAAAUGCACCACACGAAAAUAUAUUAAUGAUAUUUCUUCACUGAAGGUAGAUGAUUUACUCAUGUUCCUCAGAGACAAGGCUGACAUGUUGGAAACAUUGCUAGUUUCACACAGAGUUAACAGUGACGUUAAAACUCAAAACGCGACUUUACAACAAUCGUCACAUUAUCCGUCACAUAAAACAUCACAUCAUAAAGUGCACUGCAAUAUUUCCACCAAUAAGUCACAGCAAGGUCGAAUCACGUCUACUAAGAAAUCGUGUUUAAUGUGUAACGCCAAUCAUCCACUUUAUUCAUGUCAAACAUUUUUGGACACUAACUUAGACGCUAAACUGCAAUUUAUAACCGCAAAUAAAUUAUGUGAGAACUGUUUACGUCCAGGGCAUUCAGUUAAUAUGUGCAAAUUUGGACCUUGCAGACUGUGUUUUAAAAAACACAACACGCUUAUUCAUAAUAACGUGACUGAUCGAGUAGCGGUCGUAUCAAUGCAUCUAUCCGACACUGGAACCCCGGGUUCUAGUCAAAUGACCCCCGCGACCGUCGCACCGCCCGCGCAGUCCAUCCCCGCGCAAAUUCAUUCGUCUCGAUCCACUUGCGAAAUUCGAGGUGUCGGCAACACAGUAACAACGUCAUCACAGAUAUGUGAUAUCGAGAUCAAAUCACGCAUUGACAAUUACUCCGCACGCAUUAAAUGUUUUGUGUUGCCGCACAUUACAUCUACGCUACCUACUGCUAUGUAUAGUCAACGCGCGCAGUCGUUUAUGAUACCUGACUAUAUACAGCUGGCUGAUCCACAAUAUUAUGAAUCUCAAAAUAUUGAUAUUUUAAUAGGCGCAGACUUAUUUUGGGACUUAUUAUGCGAGGGUAAAAUGAGAUUACCCAAUGGACCCUUUUUACAAAAUACAAGGUUAGGUUGGAUUAUUUCAGGGCCUAUUGAGUUUAACACGCACAAUAUCAAUACGUCUGUCCAAUGUAACUUCACUCAAUCUAUUGACACUCAGUUACGACGGUUUUGGGAGUUAGAAGAGGUGCCUAAAACUAGUGACAUACAGACUGACGAAGAACGCUCUUGUGAGGAAGCUUUCAUUCGUACUACCACGCGCAAUAGUGACGGAAGGUUUUGCGUCAGCUUGCCACUGAAACAGUCGCCAUCUGUUUUGGGUGAAUCUUUGUCACAAGCUGAACGUCGUUUUUUGGCACUAGAGAGGCAAUUAGAACGUAAUUCUAACUAUAAAAAAAUAUAUUUUAAAUUUAUACACGAAUACAUCGGAUUAGAUCAUAUGACGCGAGUAACUUUAUAUGGAACCCCACACUUCUUUUUACCUCAUCACGGCGUGUAUCGUGAGCACAGCAGCACAACAAAACUUCGCGUGGUGUUCGAGUCGAGUGCCGCCACCAGUAGUGGAGUGUCUUUAAAUGACAUUCAACAAAUCGGACCUCCAGUGCAGGGUGAUUUAGUUGACAUUUUGCUUCGUUUCAGACAACAUAGGUACACUGCUUGUGCAGACGUCGAAAAGAUGUACAGGCAGUGUCUCCUAAACGAAUUACAACGCGAUCUCCAGAUCUCCAAUGAUUGUGUGGCGUGA